AUGGUUGUUAAGGUCACUGCCCUCGCUGGGGGAUGUUUUCCUCCCUUUCUCCGUCACAGCCCAAGAGGUGGCCGCGCCGCACCGGAGCGUUUGGUUCCCGUUUUCUCAAAACGCAGAGAUGCAACUCCCGCAGGCAGCUGCAUAGCGCAACGAGACUCGGGCCUGGGCCGCACCCAGGUGCCUCUUUUGGGGAAGUCAGUAGCAGAGUUAAGAAACCGUUAUUUCCUUCACUGUCGCUUAGUAAAGCGAAGAGAAAGGCGUCCCAGGCGCACCCGCUCCCCUUUAGCGUCCGUUAGAGCAGGCGGCCGUUACCCGUGCCGACUUUCAAGUGAAAGUGAUGGUGUCAUUUCUGUACAGGAUAACAGGAUUUCCAUUUGGUCUGUUGGAGAUCUUGGAAAUGUGGGCCUCAAUGGAGAAUAUCAAGGAGAACCUCAGCUAUUAUGUGACAUCAGGCACAAUGGUGAUGUUAUGGACAUGCAGUUUUUGGAUCAAGAGAGAAUUGUGGUUGCUUCAUCAACAGGAAGUGUAACUGUAUUCCGUCAUCACCAAAAUAAUCAGACUUUAUCUGCCAACCAGCGGUGGGAGAAAGCUCAUUAUCAUGUGGAUCGAGAUGCAUCUUGUGGUGGUGCAGCAUGUACUGGAGUAAUCUGCAACAAUCCAGAAAUUGUCACUGUUGGAGAAGAUGGCAGAAUAAAUCUCUUUAGAGCUGACCAAAAGGAUGCAGUGAGAACCAUAGACAAUGCGGACAGCAGCACACUCCAUGCAGUGACUUUCCUUCGCACAACUGAGAUCUUGACGGUAAACUCAAUUGGACAGUUGAAAAUAUGGGACCUCAGACAGCAAAGAAAUGAGCCAUCUCAAAUAUUUUCUUUGACAGGUGACAGAGUUCCACUGCACUGUGUGGACAGGCAUCCUAAUCAGCAGCACAUUGUGGCCACAGGGGGCCAGGAUGGGAUGCUGAGUAUAUGGGACAUCAGGCAGGGUACGAUGCCAGUGUCCCUGCUAAAUGCUCAUGAAGCAGAAAUGUGGGAAGUUCACUUCCAUCCCUCCAACCCAGAUCACUUAUUUACAUGUUCUGAAGACGGAUCUCUUUGGCACUGGGAUACGUCCACAAGCGUUUCUGAAAAACCAUCUUUCCUUCAUCAAGGAGGAAGAAGUACUACAUAUUUUUCCCACAAUACCGUUAACCAAUCUGUAGUAAGUGCCUGGCUAAGCAACGAUCCUACCAAAGACCGCAUGGAGAUUACCAACUUAAUUCCACAUCAGACUUUGUCUGUGAACAGUUUAGAUAUUUUAGGACCAUGUCUAGUGUAUGGUACUGAUGCAGAGGCUAUUUAUGUUAACAGACACCUUUUUGCAUGAAACUACUUCAGUGUCACUCUGAAUCACCUUGAACUACUGGGAAACGCAUCAGGUUCAUGAGGGUUUCCAACUAAACUGUUAUGAGCAUGUGGGAGAGAGGCCUACAGCUUAGUUCUGCUAUUGCAAAAGGAAUGCAAGUUACCUCAGACUCUUAAAGUUGCCCCUUAUUAUUCAUGCUCUACCAUGGGUAAUUAAACCAGCUUUUGUGUAAGCUUGAUCUCACUUCUUCCCCGUUGCCUGCUUCAUUUUGGCAAGCAGGAAGCUAGCUGUAAGUGCAAGAUGUUUGUUCUUAGCUGAUGUCCAUAAUGCACAAGGUGAAGAAAAACUAAACCCCUGAUUAUUCAUGUAUAUGUAGAGACAUUCCACAUGUUAAGGCCAAAUCAUAAGGUUCUUUGAUGUUCUUUUUAUGUCGGCUGAGAGAGACUGCUUUUUAUUUGAGAUUUUUAUAUAUAUAUAUUUUUUGGAAGCAUAGCUUUUUACGCUGGUGCAUGAGAACUGGAAAGGAAACCUGUAAAAGCUGUAAAAUAUGAAAGGUCCUAUAAGACUUUUAGCAUUUUAGUAGCAUUAUUUUGGAUUACUACAACUUCAUCACGGAUACAACGUGUUAAAACUCCAUCUGGAUAAUGUGCCUAUAACUCUCUCAUCAGAAAAGUGUUUUUAUAGCUCAGUGGCCAUAAGUGAUGGGCAUGUUGGCUGUUUUAAAAUAUGUGAUGGAGACACAUCUGUGACAAAGACCAUCUGUGACAAAGACCAUGACUGACGCUAUCAGUUUUCCAUCUAGUCUUGUUUUGCAAUCUUUGAAAAAUUAAUUUUAGGAUGACUGCUGUACCUACCUUUUGUUGCAGAGAACCCUUUCUCUUUUUAAUAAAG